AUGCUUCCUCUCUUCAUCAAGAUGCUUCCUCUCUUCAACAAAGUGCUUCCUCUCUUCAACAAAGUACUUCCUCUCUUCAUCAAGAUGCUUCCUCUCUUCAACAAAGUGCUUCCUCUCUUCUUCAAAGUACUUCCUCUCUUGAUCAAGGUGCUUCCUCUCUUCAUCAAGAUGCUUCCUCUCUUGAUCAAGAUGCUUCCUCUCUUCAACAAAGUGAUUCCUCUCUUCUUCAAAGUACUUCCUCUCUUCAUCAAGAUGCUUCCUCUCUUCAACAAAGUGCUUCCUCUCUUCUUCAAAGUACUUCCUCUCUUCAUCAAGAUGCUUCCUCUCUUGAUCAAGAUGCUUCCUCACUCCAUCAUGCAGCUUCCUCUCUUGAUCAAGAUGCUUCCUCUCUUGAUCAAGGUGCUUCCUCUCUUCAUCAAGAUGCUUCCUCUCUUCAUCAAGAUGCUUCCUCUCUUCAACAAAGUACUUCCUCUCUUGAUCAAGGUGCUUCCUCUCUUGAUCAAGAUGCUUCCUCUCUUCAUCAAGAUGCUUCCUCUCUUCAACAAAGUGCUUCCUCUCUUCUUCAAAGUACUUCCUCUCUUCAUCAAGGUGCUUCCUCUCUUCAUCAAGAUGCUUCCUCUCUUCUUCAAAGUGCUUCCUCUCUUCUUCAAAGUACUUCCUCUCUUCAUCAAGGUGCUUCCUCUCUUCAUCAAGAUGCUUCCUCUCUUCUUCAAAGUACUUCCUCUCUUGAUCAAGGUGCUUCCUCUCUUCAACAAAGUACUUCCUCUCUUGAUCAAGAUGCUUCCUCUCUUCAACAAAGUGAUUCCUCUCUUCUUCAAAGUACUUCCUCUCUUCAUCAAGAUGCUUCCUCUCUUGAUCAAGAUGCUUCCUCACUCCAUCAUGCAGCUUCCUCUCUUGAUCAAGAUGCUUCCUCUCUUGAUCAAGGUGCUUCCUCUCUUCAUCAAGAUGCUUCCUCUCUUCAUCAAGAUGCUUCCUCUCUUCAACAAAGUACUUCCUCUCUUGAUCAAGGUGCUUCCUCUCUUCAUCAAGAUGCUUCCUCUCUUCUUCAAAGUGCUUCCUCUCUUCAACAAAGUACUUCCUCUCUUGAUCAAGGUGCUUCCUCUCUUCAUCAAGAUGCUUCCUCUCUUCUUCAAAGUACUUCCUCUCUUGAUCAAGGUGCUUCCUCUCUUCAACAAAGUACUUCCUCUCUUGAUCAAGAUGCUUCCUCUCUUCAACAAAGUGAUUCCUCUCUUCUUCAAAGUACUUCCUCUCUUCAUCAAGAUGCUUCCUCUCUUGAUCAAGAUGCUUCCUCACUCCAUCAUGCAGCUUCCUCUCUUGAUCAAGAUGCUUCCUCUCUUGAUCAAGGUGCUUCCUCUCUUCAUCAAGAUGCUUCCUCUCUUCAUCAAAGUGCUUCCUCUCUUCUUCAAAGUACUUCCUCUCUUGAUCAAGAUGCUUCCUCACUCCAUCAUGCAGCUUCCUCUCUUGAUCAAGAUGCUUCCUCUCUUCAUCAAGAUGCUUCCUCUCUUCAUCAAGGUGCUUCCUCUCUUCAACAAAGUGCUUCCUCUCUUCAACAAAGUACUUCCUCUCUUGAUCAAGGUGCUUCCUCUCUUCAUCAAGAUGCUUCCUCACUCCAUUAUGCAGCUGCUUCUUUUCUUCAUCAAUUCCUCUUCACCCUGGAGCUCCUCAGCUUUAUAUCAUUUUAAUUGGAUUUUUUGA